UUUUUCAAUUACCGCAUUCUCUCUUUUAAUAGCGUGUGUAUUGUCAGAAUCGCUCUCGCCAAGGGGCCUACGCAACAGUAAAAGGAACAAAAGCGAAAUGUUUAGCGCGGCCCGCAUUACACAGUCGGGGGCCCGAGUGGUACCCAAGCAGCUCCUGCAGGUGAGCGUUCGCCCAAUUUCGACGACGCAGCAGGUGCUGGCCAGCCGGAAGACACCAGCUGAUCGCACUACAUCGACGGCGUUCACAAAGCUUUCCAUUGGAUCAAAGAAGCUGCGCACCGGGACAUCGACGGCGGUGAACAUGGGCAGCCUGAAUCCCGACUACUACACGGACAAGCCAUCGCCGCAGACGGAGGUUUUGAGCAGCACGACGGCGAAGGAGUGGAACAUCGGGCAGUUCCUUGAGAUCUCGGGACAUGUACUGCAGAGCCUGGGCAAGGACCAGUUCCCCGGGUACCUGGGCAAGGACUUCAAGCUGUUCGGCAAGCCGGCGCUGAUGUACCGCGAAUUCACACAGAAGCUCGUGGACCAGCUGGCAAAGAACGCCUCGGCGGCGCCAAAGACGGCGGCGGUGAUUGACGGGCCCAAUGGGGCAGGCAAGAGCGCCGAGCUGCUGAAGCUGGCGGCUGUGGCAGCCGAGGCCGGGCACAUUGUGGUGUAUGUCCCGGCGACGAUUCCGUGGGUCAACUCGAGCCGGCCGUAUGCGCCGGGCGCCGAUGACUCGUUUGUGCAGCACGAGACGGCGAUGGGGCUGCUGCGCUCGAUCCAGGCGCUCAGCUCGGAGGCCCUGGCGAAGGUGCCGCUGGGCAAGGCAGUGACGCUGGGCAAGAAGUCGCUGGCGGCAGACAAGACGCUGUCGGACUUGGUUGAGUUUGGCAUCCAGGCGCCGUCGCUGGCGCACGCAGCGCUGGAGCAGAUGCUGGAGAUCGCCGGGGCUCAAAAGGCGGUGCCGGUGGUGAUUGCGCUUGACGAGGUCAACACGCUGUGGAGCAAGAGUGCGUAUACGGACCAGGCGGACAAGAUCCUGGCGGCCAACCGGCUGCGGCUGGUGCGUGCGUUCCUGCCGUAUUUUGAGGGCACCAAGCAGCUUGCCAAGGGGUGGGUUGUGGGCGCCACGUCGUAUAUCGAGACCAAGUUCAUGCCCAAGCAGCUGAGCCAGAAGCUCAGCCCGCCGCCGCAGAUCGCGUUCAAGAACAAGGACGUCGAGAGCGACCCGGGGCUGUACCGGCCCGAGACCAAGGUGCCGUUCGAUGUGGUCAAGCUCGACCGCAUGACGGCCACCGAGGCCAAGGCGAUGAUGGACUUUUACCGCAGCGUGCGUAUCGUGCAGACCCCUGUCACAGACGCGCUGGUGGCCAAGAAGUGGGUCCUGGCGAACGGAAAUCCGCGCCAGAUCUUUGGCAGCUGCACGGCGUUCUUCUAGAUUCCUCGUCAUCAAAAAACCUUAUCUCAAAAGCCCAAAAAGACAAU